AUGAUGUUCGUUGUCCACUGCCGCCCGAUGGCGGUCGCUAACUAUGCUACCCUUCGGGCGGCUGAACGCCUCGCCUCUCGGGUCGCGUCACGUCUUUUAGACUUGACGCCUCAAGCUUCAAGCACUGCUGUGUACUGCCGCCGGCAAUGGAAAAGCACCCGAGCGAAGCAGCCCAUCAUCCUAUCAGCUGUUCCCAAACAGCCCUUCAUCGCCGGUCAAAACGUUACUGGGAGGGUCAUCCAAGCAACUGCGUACUCGACUGUCGUUGAUCUGCCUUCCGUCCCUUAUGCUGACCUCACCGUUGGAGUGCCACGGGAGACCUACACCAAUGAGCGACGCGUCGCUAUCUCCCCUCAGAAUGUCGCUCUGCUAAAGAAGAAAGGCUUUGGCAAAGUUAUCGUUGAACGAGGCGCUGGAGUCCAGGCCGACUUCCUCGAUGAGGCUUACGAGAAAUCCGGCGCGACUUUGGUCGACGCUGGAGGUGUGUGGAGCGUAGCCGAUAUCGUGCUCAAAGUCCGAGGACCAAACUUCACUGAGAUUGAUCGUCUAAAGGAGGGCGCGACUAUCAUUUCUAUGCUCCAACCCGCGCAGAACAAGGAUCUCGUUGAUCGCCUCGCCUCACGCAACGUCACUUCCUUCGCUAUGGAUAUGGUACCACGUAUAUCUCGCGCCCAGGUCUUCGACGCACUGAGUUCCAUGGCGAAUAUUGCAGGGUACAAAGCUGUGCUAGAGGCUUCGAACAACUUCGGCCGGUUUCUGACAGGCCAGGUCACCGCGGCCGGGAAAAUCCCGCCAUGCAAGGUUCUUGUCAUUGGUGCUGGUGUUGCCGGUCUCAGCGCCAUUGCUACGGCGAGACGCAUGGGUGCCAUUGUUCGUGGCUUCGACACUCGAUCGGCAGCGAGAGAGCAGGUGCAGUCCCUUGGCGCCGAGUUCAUCGAAGUUGAGAUCGAAGAAGAUGGGUCCGGAACGGGCGGCUAUGCGAAAGAAAUGUCUCCCGAAUUCAUUGCUGCCGAGAUGAAGCUGUUCAUCGAGCAAGCCAAGGACGUUGACAUAAUCAUCACCACAGCUUUGAUCCCAGGCAAGCCUGCCCCUAAGCUGAUAACCAAGGACAUGCUUGAUGUCAUGAAGCCCGGCUCUGUGGUAGUGGACCUGGCUGCUGAAGCAGGCGGCAACUGUGAGAAGACCGAGGCUGGAAAGCUGGCAACUUAUAAUGGCGUGAAGAUCAUUGGUUAUACGGAUCUGCCUUCUAGGCUGCCAACACAAUCUUCCACAUUGUACUCUAACAAUAUCGUCAAGUUCCUCCUGGCUAUGGCACCGCAAGAGAAAUACUUCGGCGUUGACCUGAGCGAUGAAGUUGUAAGAGGUGCUAUCGUAACCCUGAAGGGCGAGAUACUACCUCCGGCGCCGCGACCAGCACCACCUCCACCAACACCAAAGCCAGUAGCCAAGCCAGAGGAAGAGAAAGUGGCCCUCACUCCAUUUCAGAAGACAUCCCGAGAAGUUGCAACAGUAACGGCCGGUAUGGGCACUGCGCUGGCACUUGGAAAGAUGACAGGUCCUCUUUUCAUGGGCAACAUGUUCACUUUUGGUCUUGCCUCUCUGAUCGGCUAUCGCGUGGUAUGGGGUGUCUCGCCUGCUCUUCACUCUCCAUUGAUGAGUGUCACCAAUGCCAUUUCUGGAAUGGUCGGCAUUGGUGGCUUUUUCGUGAUGGGAGGUGGGUACUUGCCGGAAACAUUACCACAAGCCCUUGGCGCCGCCUCUGUACUCCUCGCCUUUGUCAACGUCUCUGGCGGAUUCGUCAUCACCAAGAGAAUGCUUGACAUGUUCAAGCGGCCAACCGAUCCACCCGAGUACCCCUGGUUGUAUGCGGUUCCCGCUGUCUUAUUUGGCGGUGGAUAUCUUGCUGCCGCUGCGACUGGCGCUGCUGGGCUCGUGCAGGCUGGCUACAUGGUCAGCUCCAUCCUCUGCAUCAGCUCACUUUCGGGACUAGCUUCCCAGGGUACAGCCCGUAUGGGCAAUCUACUGGGGAUAUUGGGUGUCGGCUCUGGUGUACUGGCCUCGCUCGUAGCUGCCGGGUUCAGUCCUGAAGUUCUGACCCAGUGGGGUACUCUCGCAACGAUCGGCAGCAUACUUGGUUUCGUCAUUGGGAAACGAAUCACGCCUACGGAUCUGCCCCAGACAGUAGCCGCGCUACACUCAGUUGUUGGACUCGCCGCUGUCUUGACGAGUAUCGGCAGUGUCAUGGGCGACCUCUCCCAUGUCUCAACGUUGCAUCUGGUCACAGCCUACCUUGGAGUGUUGAUCGGUGGCAUCACCUUUACUGGCAGCAUCGUUGCAUUCAUGAAGCUGGCUGGCAAGAUGUCGUCGAAGCCUCUCAUGCUACCCGGCAGACACCUGAUCAACUCUGGCAUGCUUGCUACUAACGUCGCCACCAUGGGCGCGUUCGUCACAAUGGCACCCGGAUCACCGAUGAUUGCUGCUUGUGCGCUAGGCGCGAACACGAUCCUCUCCUUCGCGAAAGGGUUCACCACGACUUCUGCCAUUGGGGGUGCCGAUAUGCCCGUCGUGAUUACAGUCCUAAACGCAUACAGUGGCUUCGCCCUUGUUGCUGAGGGCUUCAUGCUGGAGAACCCGUUACUGACAACAGUCGGAGCCCUCAUUGGGGUAUCGGGUUCCAUCCUCUCAUACAUCAUGUGCGUCGCAAUGAACCGUUCUCUCACAAACGUCUUAUUUGGGGGUAUAUCUGCGCCCGCGACGACCGAAUACAAAAUGGAAGGCUCGGUAACGCAGACCAACGUCGAAGACACAGCAGAAUCGCUCACCAACGCCGAGAGCGUGAUCAUAGUAGUAGGCUAUGGCAUGGCAGUUGCGAAAGCGCAGUACGCCGUCAGCGAGAUCACCGCCACGCUGCGCGCCAAGGGGAUCAAGGUGCGAUUCGCCAUUCAUCCCGUCGCGGGCCGCAUGCCGGGUCAGUGCAACGUCCUACUGGCCGAGGCGAAUGUUCCGUACGACAUCGUCCUGGAAAUGGACGAGAUCAACGACGACUUUGGCGACACGGACGUCACACUGGUCAUCGGUGCGAAUGAUACGGUGAACCCGAUUGCGCUGGAGCCUGGCAGUCCGAUCGCGGGGAUGCCCGUCUUGCAGGCUUGGAAGAGCAAGCAGGUCGUUGUCAUGAAGAGAGGCAUGGCUUCUGGCUAUGCUGAUGUCCCUAACCCCAUGUUCUAUAUGCCUGGCACGAAGAUGCUGUUUGGAGAUGCGAAGGUUUCUUGUGAUGCUAUCAAAGCUGCGGUCGAGUCCAGGACCUAG